ACGCCUUCCGCUCCGAUCCUCUCCUCCAAUUUUCAUUCAUUUCAGAUUCAGAACAUGUGCCAUGGAAGGCCUUACCAACGACAUCGUUUCAUCAUCUAGGAAGAGGACGACUAGUGACAUGGCAGCGAAACAUGGGAUCGUUUCUCUUCCCUCCAUCGUCUUCUUCUUCCUCGCUAUUCUGCUUCUGUCCCCACGCGCCGCCGCUCAACCGUCAACUCGGGCGGCGGGCGACGAAGCCUACACGUACAAGAACUUCAGCCCCUCCAUGGCGAUCAUCAUAGUGGUUCUCGUCGCCGCCCUUUUCUUCAUGGGGUUCUUCUCCAUCUACGUCCGCCACUGCAGCGAGUCGUCCGCCGGGAACAGCGUGCGGCAGGCGCUCUCCCUGCGGCGGCGCGCGGCGGCGCGUGGUCUCGACGCGUCGGUGAUCGAGACGUUCCCCACCUUCAGCUACGCGGAGGUGAAGGACCACAAGAUCGGGAAGGGGGCGCUGGAGUGCGCGGUGUGCCUGAACGAGUUCGAGGACGACGAGACGCUGCGUUUGAUCCCCAAGUGCGAUCACGUGUUCCACCCGGAGUGUAUCGACGCCUGGCUCGAGUCGCACGUGACCUGCCCGGUUUGCCGAGCCAACCUCACUCCCCAACCGGGCGACGAUCCGGUUUAUCAACGACCGGAACCCGCCAUCCAGCCGCCGCAGAACGACGACGUUUCCGUAAACAUAGAGCCCCAUCCGCAACAAGAAGACGGAGAGACGAGCGGCGUCAACCGGCCGCCGAGGUCGUUUUCGAUCAAGCGGCCCAGAGUCCUGACCAAGUUCAGAUCGCACUCGACCGGGCACUCCCUGGUUUUGCCGGGAGCUGAUUUGGAACGGUACACGCUAAAGCUGCCGGUGGAAGUGAGGAAGGAGGUGAUGAACCGGGCGAGGAGUGUAGCCGUACACUUCCCGAGAAACGCGAGCUCAAGAAGGGGAUACAGAACCGGCGGGGAGGGAAGUAGCCGGGCCGGCCGGUCUUACCGCAGAAUGGAGCGCCUUGACGGGGAAUCUCGAUCGGACCGGUGGGGGUUUUCGAUCUUCUCGAGGUGGCCGUCGAUGAGGUCGCCGAAGGUGGUCGCGGAUAACGGCGGCGAGACGUCGACCAGCGGGACGAAGAAGUCGGUUCGGUUGCCGUCGUUCAGGCGUUCAGAACCGAAGGGGGAUGAAGCCGGUUUGGUCUCAUCUGACUCGGCAAGACCACCGGUCUAAGACCCCAGGAGCGGAUCCGGGUUCGGAUGCGAAAUCAGGUUCAUUUUUCGGGUGGUGGAAAAGAGACGGGUCCACGUUGGCAUGGGUCCCACUUUGAAAUUUUCUAUCCAAGUUGCGUCCGAUUUAUGCGCACCAAAGGGUUGACGUUGAAUUUCAGUCCACACCUCCGGAUAAUUGGAUGACUUGUCUCAUUUGUGGUGAAUAAUUUAAAAAUUAUUUGUAUUAUUAUGAAUAAUCCAUAACUUAACCAUUUCUUUUCGGCUGGUGGGUUGUAAGCUUUUUGACAUUUUGUUUUGUUUGUUUUCAUACAUGUGUAGAUAACUUUUACACGUAUUUUUAGCGAUUGCAAUAUGGCAAGAAAUUACAGUUUUGUUC